AUGAGUCAAAAGUAUGCUUCAUUCAAUAUCCAGGGCCCUUCGAUAGUAGUUGGUGUAAUUGUCGGAGCUGCUUUAGCUGUUUGCGGUUUGAAGUUAUUCGAUUUUUGGUCGACUAGGCCUGAGAAGAAACGUAGAGAGCAAGGAAAGGGAAUUGUGCAUGGCAUUGAAGGUCUUGUAGGGAACACACCGUUGAUCAGGCUUAAGAGCUUGAGUGAAGCUACAGGCUGCGAAAUUCUUUUACAAAACUAUCGUGAACUUGCAGGCAAAAGCAGAAGUGGAAGUCCGAAAGAUCGCGCUGCCCUAAACAUGAUCAGGCAAGCAGAAUCUCAAGGAUUAAUCUAUCCAAACACUGGCUCAACUAUUUUCGAAGGAACCUCGGGUUCUACCGGAAUAUCCAUUGCAAUGAUUGCUCGUGCUAAAGGCUACAACGCAUGGAUUGUUAUGCCUGAUGACCAAGCCAAGGAGAAAUACCAAUUACUUGAGAAGUUGGGAGCGACUGUUGAAAAAGUCAGGCCGGCGAGUAUUGUUGAUAAGAAUCAGUUUGUGAAUUUGGCUAAGCAGCGCGCCUUGGAAUUCGGAACGGGUAAUAGAGAUGAUGAAAGAGCCAGCGAGGCGGAAGAUUACGGGAAGAGACCAAGGGGAUUCUUUACAGAUCAAUUCGAAAAUUUAGAUAAUUAUAAAGCACAUUAUAAUGGGACAGCUCCAGAAAUCUAUGAACAGACGAAUGGGAAGAUAGAUGCAAUCGUGACUGGUACAGGAGGUACAAUAGCAGGGCUAAGUCGUUACCUCAAACCUCUCAUCCCAAACCUCAAAGUCUUUCUCGUUGAUCCACCUGGCUCAGGUCUAUUCCAUAAAAUCAAACACAACAUUAUGUAUUCUCCCUAUGAAGCUGAAGGGACUAGGCGCAGGCACCAAGUAGAUACAAUAGUUGAAGGCGUAGGACUUAACCGUAUUACGGCCAAUUUCGAAAUAGCCCAUGGCUGGAUCGAUGAUGCGAUUUUUGUUAGUGAUGAGGAAGCGGUGGCCAUGGCGCGAUAUUUGGUUAGAGAAGAAGGUGAGGUGGUUCCUGGUGAUCGCGGGUAA